GCGGGCCUGGUCCAGUUCGAUGGCCCUUCUGGAUCGGUGCUUUCCCCCCCAGGGAGAGCUGGCACCGGCAGUACCAUGCGCGGGGCCACUUGAGUCAGUGCCAGGAGUCGACCUAGCCCGCGGGCGCCGCUGGGAGCGGGGGACAGCGAAACUGGGGGCCCCCACAAAAAUUCCACUGGCCAGCAACCUCCCGCCUCGACGGGGCUUGGUUCUGGGGGUCCUGAGAGCCAUGGCGGGGGUGGGGUGAAGGCCAGGUCAGGCUCACAAUGGGCUAGAAUCUUCCCUCCCUUGAGUUCUUUUCUGCGUCAACUCCUCUCCCCACCCAGGGAGGGGAGGAAAGCCCGGGACGUGUACUGGGGGCGUCGUGCCCCCCAACCGCUCUGCUUCUCCCGUGGUGCUGGGCUCGCUGCUCUCUGACCCCCAACCCGAGUGCCCUUCCCAAAUGCUGCCUCUGUCCCGCGCGCGCGGCCCUGGUGUGGUGCGGCGGGUGCCGCGGCAGGGAUGGCGUUCUUCAUGAGGAUCUUCCACUGGGUUUGGAAGAAAAUCACUGGCUGGGUCUUUUUCUGGAAACGCAGAGUGAAGCCACCCGAGCCGAAGCACCUUGACCCGAGCAAGCCCGCGGUGACAGAGAUAGAGAAGUGCAAGGUGGUGGAGACAUUGACGGUGGCGGAGCUGCCCACGGAGUCCCUGGUCCCCAAGGCGACCGAGAUCCCCAAGGCCCCUUCGGAUGGGGUGGAGGCAAGCGUGGGGGGCCACUCCCGCCGUUCGCUGCUGCAGCUGCCCCGAAUGGCCAUGCAGUCCGUGUCCACCUUCAUGGUCUCCACCCUGCAGAAAUGCAUCUGGAAGUCAUCUGUGAGUUCUAGCUCCGUUUCCUCCCAGUUGCGGCCCGCAUCCCCCUUGGGGUCGAAGGAGGCAGAGAUGCUGCGGGAAGUGUACCUGGUGCUCUGGGCCAUCCGGAAGCAGCUGCGGCAGCUGGCACAGCGGCAGGAACAGCGGCGCCAGCGCCACCUCUGGGCCCUGGCCAACGCCCCGCCAGCAGAGCCCGCGCCGGUUCAGGCGCCCAAACAGGACGCACGGAGCCCCCUCUAGGAAGGAGCCCCGCAUCCUCCAAGCACCCCCAUCUCAUUCUUUGGGAAGGACCUUAGAGGCCAGGGCAGCUGUCCGGAGUUGAGUGAGUUCUCAUGGCUUCAGUGCUCAUCGCCUCCAGUUCCCAGCCAGGUGGGGGUCCCACGAACUCACACCUCUGUUGUUUAUUCACUUUGUAAAAAACGGAAAUUGUCAAAUA